AUGACAGAAGCUACGGGGAAUUCGGAAACAACAACAACAACUCCAAGAGACAGGAUUACAAAUUCUGACUCGGUGGAUCCAUUAUCCUCAGAAAGUGCUCAAUUUUACGAUGCUCAUGAUGCAUUGGAAGCUGAUGGAGUAUAUGCCACGGCUGUGCAAAAAGUCCAAUCGCAAAGAUUAGAAACAGAACAUCGACAAGAUAAUGUACCGGGAACAUCAACAACAACAACAGUUCCUCAAGGUGAUGUCAAAGGUGAAAAGCAUGAAGAUCAACAUGAUACACAAUCAUUAACCAUCAAGGAAAGGGAUCAUGAAUAUUUCAAAAUGAUUCCACAAUUCUUUUUUGUUUAUCUUCAAGUCUUCUGUAUAUUUUUAGGAUUUUUAUCAAUGUAUUGGGGGUCAAUAUAUCAUCGUGACCAACGUUACAGGAAUGUUGGUUAUUUAGUGGUCAAUGAAGAUUCACAAUUUCAAGUGCCCAAUGGGUCAGGCUCGGCAUCGUCAUCAACAGUAGAACCCUAUUUGGGUAAUGCUAUGCUCAAUAUGUUAACUAAUAACAAAACAAUUGAGAAUCUUGGAGAUUUUCAAAUUGUGAAUUUGACAGAUUUCACCCAAUUAGCAAAAAAACACAAUAAUACCAUAUUAGAAGAAGUUCAACGACAAGUACAUCAUCAAAAAUAUUGGGGUGCCAUAUAUAUUGCCCCAAAUAGUACCCAAAACAUAUAUCAAGGGUUUUCAACAGGUAAUGCAUCGUAUAUGCAGAAUGUGAAUCAAUCAAUAACUGUUGUUUAUGAAACAGGACGUCAUUUUUCAGCAUUAAGUCAAUAUCUUAAUCGGAAUUUGAAUCUUGUUAGUGAAGCAUGGAUUCGUGAUUAUGCAUCAUCCCAAGUAUAUCAACCAAUUUUAGGUCAAUUGAAUUCUACUCAACGAGAAUAUUUAUUGAGUAAUAAUCAAACAAUCGCUAUUUUCACAACGUUACCUACAUUUAAUUUUAUUGACCAAAGACCAUCACCUAGUCCUGCAGUUUUAGGACCUUCUGAAAUUCAAUUGAUUUAUUGUUUGAUUAUAUCAUUUUACAGUUAUAAUUUUUCUAAAGAUAUUUAUGCCUAUAUGAGAAAGAAAAUUAAAUAUCGAUCUUAUUUAUUUUAUAAAUUCUUGAUAUCUCAAUUGCAUGCAUUUGUGUUGGCAUUAGUUUAUUCCUUAAUGGCUAUUGCGUUCCAAAUCCCUACUAGUGUUGCCUUUGGGAAAUCAGGGUUUUUAGUGCUUUGGAUGUUUAUUUUCUUAUAUAUUAGUGCCACGGGGGUUAUUAAUGAAGUAGUGGUGCUGAUCAUAUUAACUUUUGGGAAACAACAAUUGAUUGCUCCUUGGAUGGUGUUUAAUAUUGUUGCCAACGUGUCGACAACGUUUGCUCCAUUUGUUUUAACUCCAGGGUUCUUCCGAUUCGGGUAUGCCUUGCCAAUGUAUAAUGCUUAUGAAGCUGUGAAAGUUGUAUUUUUUGAUACUUGGAAAGGUCAUUUAGGAAGAAACCUUGGAGUUUUGAUAAUUUGGAUUGUUGUGGGAAAUGUGUCAUUAUUAUUUGUCAGUCAUUGGUCUACCCAAAGAGCUAAAAAGAUAGCAUUAGCAGAAAAGCAAAAGAAGAAGGAACAACAACAAGUAGACAAAUAG